GAAGUGACCUUAGGUGGCGCCAGCUACGAAACCUGCAGAGCAGGGCCAGGGUUGGUGGUGGUUUUCUGUGCGGUGUUGACGUGCUUUUUAUGAUCCUGGUUGCGUUUUCGGCGAGAAUUUAUGUCAAACCUGUAUUUUAGACGACAAAGGCGCUGAAAGAGUCCCGCUACGGGAGCCUGUGUGGGAGAAAAACGAGUGGAAAAGCCUUCGUCAAGUCAAAACUACAGUUCCGGACUGGCCCGACAAAAAUGGCCGAACUGACUCCCUUCGUAGACGGCUGGGACUUCGUGCAAACGUUAGGCGAGGGGGCCUACGGAGAGGUGAAACUGGCUGUAAACAGAGUGACUGAGGAGGCAGUGGCUGUCAAGAUCCUGGACGGACACAAGGCCAACGGGGCAUCAGAAAAUAUCAGAAAAGAGUUAUGUAUACACAAGAUGAUGAACAACAGUCACAUCAUCCGCUUCUAUGGGCAUCGGAAGGACGGCACUCUCAACUACCUCUUCUUGGAAUACGCCAGUGGGGGAGAGCUGUUUGACAGAAUAGAACCUGAUCAGGGAAUGGCCCAAUCUCAGGCACAGAGGUACUUCCGACAGCUGAUCAAUGGAGUGGAAUACCUACAUACCAGGGGAGUGGCACACAGAGAUAUAAAACCUGAAAACCUCCUGUUAGAUGACAAUGACAACCUGAAGAUUUCGGACUUCGGUCUGUCGACGGUGUUCCGUCACCAGGGGAAGGAGAGGAAGAUGAACAAGUGCUGCGGCACGCCCCCGUACGUCGCGCCUGAGGUGAUGAGGAAGGAGGACUACAGGGCAGAACCUGCCGACAUCUGGUCAUGUGGGAUAGUCCUGGUGGCCAUGAUGGCAGGAGAGUUACCCUGGGAUGAACCCACCUACACCUGUAGGGAGUAUUGUGACUGGUUGGACAAGAAGUACCAGCUAACACCAUGGAACAAGAUAGACACUGUACCUCUAGCACUUUUGAAAAAGAUAUUAGAAGACCAGCCUGGGAAGAGAUGGACCAUAGCACAGAUUAAGAAGGACAGGUGGUACUGCAAGACUUUCUCCAAGUCAAAAGGUCGGCUGCUGUCUGCCUCCCCCACCACCUCCCCAGCCAGUGGACCCUUCAGCAAGAGGAUCUGUUCAGGCAUCGACCUGUCUCCCCCCAUGGCUAGGUAUGACUCGGCGGAGCGUUACUCCAGCUCACAGCCAGAGCUGCGGCGUGAGAACCCGUCCUCGUCUGAGCUGAGCCAGUCAUCCAUGGAGGAGCUGGUCCACGGUGUGAGCUUCUCCCAGCCUGCCGCGCCGGAUAACCUGUUCCUGGCCAGUCAGACACAGGCCUCACAGUCAUCUCAGACUCCACUGCAGCGGCUUGUGAAGAGGAUGACUCGGUUUGUGACCAAGUGUGAGACAGAGAAGGCCCUGUCUGACCUCAAGGCAGUGGUUGAUAAACUGGGUCUCACUUGGAAGAAAGUCCAUCCUAACCAGAUUUCAGUGAGUACAACAGACAAGCGAGGGUCCCAGCUCAUCUUCAAAGUGUUCCUGUAUGACAUGAACGGGUACAGACUAGUGGACUUCAGGCUCUCCAAGGGAGAUGGUUUGGAGUUCAAGCGUCUGUUUGUACGGAUUAAGAUGAAAAUGUCGGCUGUCAUCAGCAAAGCUCCGGCACUCCUGCCUAUCAACAUGCCAGAUACGGCAGUGUAGAAGGCAGUUCUCACAGCACCAAAGGAUAAUAUUGUAGCCUAUUUGUUGUAGAGACUAGUUACGUUUAGGCCGCACCAAUUUAAUUUGUUGGUUUUCAGAUUAUUAAAAAAAACAUGAAGCAACAGGGUGAAAAAAAAUUGACAUCAGACAACCAACCUCAUCAAUAGUACUGGCAUUAUACGGUAGAUGCACCACUUCGUUCAAAUUAUUAAAUAAUACAAAAGUUAAACUAGAUUUUGUUUCAUAGUAUCUUAAUUGAUGUGAACCAAUGUUUUAGUUAACCAAAAACUUAAAUAAUAGCAACUAGAGUACUUUACAUUUUAUUUACUAAAUGUCAUCCAGUGAAACUUUACUGAAUGGGUGCUGUGGUCUAUUUCUUUCAUUUUUGGAAAAAUAGGAGAGGGCAUUUCUGAGAACCAAUUGAUUAAAUUGGUGUGGCCUUAUAUUAUUAAGUAGUAUUUAGAUUCAUUUUAGAUAUUAUGAUGUAUACAAACCAUAGGUAUCUUCUGUAAGGCUGUGAACAAUGAUUUAAACUGAACUUUUCAGUUCAGUGAUCGCAUUCACUUGAUGUCAGUGACACGACUAUGCACUUAGUUAUUCUCAGUUAUGUCAAAGAAUUACUUUUGUUGUACCUAGAGUUAGAAAAACAAACAAAAAAGAAAUAUAUUUAUCAUAUAGGAGAGCAAUGGAAAGUAAAGGAACAUUUUGUUACCUCUUUGGUGGUCUUAAGAUAUUCCAUGAACAUCCUAAUAUGAUAGUCUCAACCAGUCUUCGUGUUGCUGGACAAAUUGUAGAGAUUGGUCAAAUGAACUGAAUAGCAUACUAGAAGAGUUAGCUGACUAGAAGGCACAAUUUCCAAUCCACAAAGCCUGUGCAUACUUGCUAACUGGAUUGCAAAUUGGCCCUGAAUUGUAUUCAGCCUAUUUGGUCAUUUUCUACUAUUUUUUUAUCAACCACGGAGCCUGGUAAAGGCUAUUAUACUGUAUGUGUCAGUCCUUAGCAAUCAUGUCUUUACCUGUAACUGAUAGAUUCUAAUGUCCAUCUACAUGUAGUUGCAGAAUAUUGUAGACACCACAGUACCAACAGUAUUAUAAGAGCCUUUGCAAUAUCAUAUUCAACUCUUUAUUCCAUAUGUAUUGAUUCUCUUGGUGAAAAUCAGGUACUACAUGUAUUUCAAAGCAGUACAUUUAGCAUAUUUUGGGUCAAAUAAGAUAUGCAUGAUCCAUCAAGCAAUUUGAGAUGUACCCGUAAUGCUCAAUACAGACUUACAUGUACCAAGUAAAACUACAAUGUACACAACACUGACUACAGGUAGCUACAAUGAGUAGUAUGAAAGGUCACUCACUCUCAAGUUUCAGAACCCCAGUAAAAAAUAUGUAUAUUUACAUGGUUUCAUGCUCUUCCUUACCCUAAACUUCCCUACCUCAUUCCUCCGUUCAGCAAUAUGAGUAAAGAGACAGCAUGAGAACAUUUUAAGUUUGCAGAUGUGUCCUAUGGCAAGAUGGUGUGGGGGAGGCAAUUUACAUAA